AUCAAAUUUGAUUAAACAAACAUAACACACACAAACUUGUAAAAAGUACAAAAAAGAAAAAAAACCCAAUUUUUGGAUAGAUAUCUGUUAUGUAUCAACAGAUCUAUAAUUACGGGCAUUCGCCACAACAACAACAACAACAGCAGCAGCAGCAACAACAACAACAACAACAACAACAACAGCAGCAGCAACAACAGCAACAACAUCAUCAAGAAGAGAAUGACACUAAUCGAGAAAUAAAACCCGAUACCAUGUUUUAUAAUCAAAGUAAUAACCAACAACAAUAUCAAUCUUCGUUAUCGAGCCCUUAUACUAUACGAUACUCUUCCUUCGAUCCAAACAGUUUUGAACACCAUCCCUCGCACCAGAAUUUACAUUACAAUCAAGCGCAAGCGCAUAAUGAAGAACAUGCUGGCAUGCAUUCCUUCAAUGGAUUCCAGUCCGAUAUUGUGGCUAGUUUAACCAAUUCACCCGUGGGGUAUAACCCUGUCGACAUACACCAUACCUCGAAUACAAACACAUCGACGAUCACAGCUACUGUAUUACCUCCGUUAAAUACAACACCUAUUAUGAUGGCCCCUUUACAGCACCAUCAAACGACAUCCCAUCAAACGUACUUACUUGCACAAAAGAAACCAUUGAAAGGCUCUCCCCGGCCCUCACGUGAAAGAGCUCCAUGGACACCCGAAGAAGACCAGCUGUUGAAAUUAGCGGUUCAGCUCUACGGCGAUAAAACCGAGAAAUGGGCCAAGAUUGCAGCUUGUGUGCCUGGUCGCACCAACAAGAACUGUAGAAAAAGAUGGUUUCAUUCCUUGGAUCCCUCACUUCGAAAGGGCGCUUGGACGGAAGAGGAGGAUCAACUUUUGCGAGAAGGUGUGAGUAAGUACCCUAAUCAAUGGAGUAAAAUUGCAGACAUGUUACCUGGUAGAACCGAUGAUCAGUGUGCAAAACGAUGGAGAGAGAGUUUGGAUCCCAGUAUUGAUCGAUCCGAGUGGACACAGAUGGAAGAUGCCUUAUUGAUGGAGAAAUACGAGGAAUAUGGCUCUCAGUGGCAAAAAAUCGCCUUCUUUUUCGACGGUAGACCCGGCUUACAUUGUAGAAAUCGAUGGAGAAAAUUACAGCGUAUGGUACAGAUUAAGAAGGAUAAAGAAGGUGCAAAUUUAAACGCUCCGUUUUUCAAUACAUGUGCUCAGGAUCAAACCAUUCGAUUUCAGCAACAUGAAGAUGACACAAAUACUACUAAUAACACUAAUACCAAUAAUAAUGUACAUAAUGACACUAAUAAUAAUAACAACAAUAAUAUCCCAAAUAAUUCACCAAAUUCAUUCCAUCAUCUAACUACGCUGCUCUCUCAACAACAGCAACAGCAACAGCAACAGCAACAGCAGCAGCAACAACAACAACAACAACAACAACAACAACAGCAGCAGCAGCAGCAGCAACAACAACAGCAACAGCAAAAUCAACAGCAUCAUCAGCAGCAUCAUCAGCAGCAUGAUCCUUCCGUAUUAGUUCAAUUUUCAAAUCCACCACCAUCAAGUACAACCGAAGAAUUUGAUGAAUACGGAACAGGUGUAAAGCCCUUUGGUUGCGAUGUACCUGGAUGUUAUGCUGUAUUUGCGGCUUCUACAGGCUUAUUUUAUCACAUGAAAAAUAUCCACCCUCACUUAGAAGGAGUCGAAAAGCCUUAUCGAUGUGCGAUGACUAAUUGUUCGAAAAAGUAUAAAAAUAUCAAUGGACUUCAAUAUCAUAUCAAGGACGCUAAAGGAACAACAGGUCAUGGUGGCGGCACGGGUAUGGCGGGAGAUGAUGAUAGACCUUACCGUUGUACGAUUGCUAGUUGUAAAAAAGCCUAUAGAACAGCCAGCGGAUUCCGUUACCAUCAGCAAAAUGGUCACAAUGUGCAACCCCAAUUACCGCAACCACAUUUAUUAUCACAACAACCUCAUCUUCAACAACAACAACAGCAACAACAGCAGUUUCGUAUGAAGAGAGAGAAAUGGGUGAUGGAAGGCGUGUAAAUAAAAAUACCUUCUACCCUCUUACACCUUAUGUAUAAAGUUGCAUUGCCAUUUAUUG